AUGAUGGGGAUCUUUUUGGCGUAUGUUGGAUUUGUUUUCUUUUCCGUCCUAUAUGUACAACAAGGGCUUUCUUCUCAAGCAAAAUUUACUGAGUUUCCGAGGAACGUGACGGCAACCGAGGGGCAGAAUGUGGAGAUGUCGUGCGCAUUCCAGAGCGGCUCAGCCUCGGUCUACCUGGAGAUCCAGUGGUGGUUCCUGGGAGGACCCGAGGACCUAGAGCCUGGGACUGAGGCAGCCGGAGCACAGGUGGAGCUCUUACCCGACAGAGACCCGGACAACGAAGGGACCAAGAUCAGUACAGUGAAAGUCCAAGGCAAUGACAUCUCCCACAAGCUUCAGAUUUCAAAAGUGAGGAAAAAGGAUGAAGGUUUAUAUGAAUGCAGGGUGACUGACGCCAAUUACGGGGAGCUGCAAGAACACAAGGCCCAGGCCUACCUGAAAGUGAAUGCCAACAGCCAUGCUCGGAGAAUGCAGGCCUUUGAAGCCUCGCCCAUGUGGCUGCAAGAUAUGAAACCUCGCAAGAACGUGUCCGCAGCAAUCCCCAGCCGCACCCACAGCUCUGCCAACCAACGAACGCACUCCACCUCCAGCCCUCAAGCGGUAGCCAAAAUCCCCAAACAAAGUCCACAAUCAGCAAAGAGCAAAUCGCCUGUAAAAUCUACGGAGCGGACAGCAAAGUUGACCCUAAACUCCAAGCACCAUUCUGCACCCUCUGUACUCUAG